CAGGUUGUGACAAUGACGGGAUAAAGGUCAGUAGCGCGAGGCGGAAACAACACCGAGGACCCGCCCACCUCCGAGGCCACACUCUUCGCUUCUCCCCGCUGCUCCCCGUUCGUCUCUUCCUGGUCCUGAACUACGUAGUACUUAAACUUCUGAAGAUGAGCUAUCCAGGAUACCCUCCACAACAGGGAGGGGGCUACCCGCCUCAACAAGGGGGAUAUCCGCCCCAAGCAGGCGGCUACCCUCCACAGGCAGGCGGCUACCCACCACAGGCAGGCGGCUACCCACCACAGGCAGGCGGCUACCCCGGGCAGCCAGGCGGCUACCCCGGGCAGCCAGGCGGAUACCCCGGGCAGCCAGGCGGAUACCCCGGGCAGCCAGGCGGAUACCCCGGGCAGCCAGGCGGUUACCCACCCGCGGCGGGCGGUUACCCUCCGGCAGCAGGGGGCUACCCCUCCCAGCCCGGAGGAUACCCUGCCCCAGCUGGAGGCUUCCCUCCUCAGGCGGGAGCAGGGGGCUAUCCGUCCAUGCCCCCCGGAGGUGGAGGCUGGGGUGCAGCGCCAGGUGGCUACGGAGCGCCAGGAGGGGCUCCACAGGGAUACCCAGCGGGCCCCGCUCCAGGCCAGCCCAUGCCAAACUACCCCGCGGCCCCCGGAAAUACCCCCUCAAUGCCCGGAUAUGGAGGUGGAGUUCCAUCCAACCCUCAGGCACCAGCCAUUUCUAAAGGGUACAGAGGUUCCAUUAAAGACUUUCCAGGGGCAGAUCCGCUGAGGGAUGUCGAGGUUCUUCGCAAAGCCAUGAAGGGUUUUGGCACUGAUGAAAAUGCCAUUGUGGAACUUCUGGGCAGCCGUACCAACAAGCAGAGGGUCCCAAUGGUGUCAGCCUAUAAAACAACUUAUGGAAAGGAUCUAGCAAAGGAUCUGAAGUCGGAGAUCACUGGAAACUUUGAGAAACUGGUUCUGGCUAUGAUUAAGAGCCCUUCACACUUUGAUGCGUCUGAACUCAGAGAGGCUAUAAAGGGCGCAGGAACUGAUGAAGCCUGUCUGAUAGAGAUUCUUUCGUCACGCUCCAAUGCAGAGAUUCUUGAAAUUACCAGAAUCUACAAAGCUGAGUACGGGAAGACCCUUGAGGACGCCAUCACCAGCGACACUUCUGGCCACUUCCGCAGACUCCUCGUCUCUCUGUGUCAGGGAAAUCGUGACGAAAGGGAGACUGUCGACGUCGCCAUGGCCAAACAGGACGCUCAGAAACUGUAUGCUGCCGGGGAAAAUAAAGUUGGAACUGAUGAGUCUCAGUUUAAUGCCAUCCUGUGCGCUCGCAGCAAGCCUCACCUUCGAGCAGUCUUCCAGGAGUACCAGCAGAUGUGUGGCAAAGACAUUGAGAAGAGCGUGUGCAGGGAAAUGUCUGGCAAUUUGGAGUCUGGCAUGGUUGCCGUGGUGAAAUGCAUCAAGAACACUCCUGCCUACUUUGCAGAAAGACUCAACAAGGCCAUGAAGGGAGCCGGGACCAAGGACACAACUCUCAUCCGAAUCAUGGUGACCCGCUCUGAGGUGGAUAUGCUGGACAUCAGACAGGCCUAUGUGAAGACCUACGGAAAGUCACUGUACAAUGACCUCUCAGGUGAUACCUCCGGGGAUUACAAGAAGCUGCUGCUGAAGCUGUGUGGCGGUAGCGACUAAAAUAAAGGAAAAUAAACCCUGCAUGCGGACAAACUACACGUCCACACUGAAAGCAUAUGAUGAGACCAUAUAUCACCUCUAUAUAGUUUAGGGUUAAUCUUCAAUCCUUUAUUAUUUCUUUUGUAAUCUUUUCAAUAUGAUUGUGGUUGUAUCUUUCUUUUUGCUGCUGUAUUGUAGUAAGUGAUUGCCAAAUAGUACAUAUAUAUAUAUUCAUAUAAAGAUUCCUUUUUUUAAAGAUGCCAUAGAUAGCUUUAAAUCUCACCUUUGAUUAAGAUCUUGACUAUACUAACUAUAUUAUAGAAGAGAGUUUAAAAUGUUAUAGAAGUCCUUAUUUGGAAAAAUGAUAGUUUCAGUAAAAUUCAUUCAUCUAAUAUUCAAAGUACAUAUAUUAGGAUAUAUUAAAAAAAUGACAAUGCGUGUGUUACUAGGGUCAUUUUAUCUCACCGCCAAGCAUUUCAACUGCUCAGGUUACUAAACACAAAGUUACGUGACACUGUUAUGCACGUUUUAGCGAAAUAUGACUUGAUCUCAAACAGAAUGGAUGUUCAAAAUGUACCUCCAGGCCAUGUUUGAUAGUAAAAAAUAACACCAUCUUGAAAAAGGUAUCUCUUUUAUGUGUCAACGUUAACUAACCAGAAUCUUUCUCCUGCUUGAUGGUCUAUGCAAUUUAGCUUUCUAACUUAAUCAGCUUCGCACAGCUCUUCGGUGAUGCUCUUGAAAUGUAAACCUUUCCAAUCAUUGUUUGCUAUUUACAGACAUGGUUUUCUUUCUGAAUCCUGAAAAGCCAAAGCCAUAAGAUAAUGUUGUGCCUUUUUGUCAGGGUUGCCAUGUACAAUGUUUAGAAGUAAUGAAUGUGUCACUGUGGUUUAUCUUGCAAAUAAUCUAUAAUGACACAGGCAGAAUUGCCAAAAUGUAAUCCGUACGUUGUGUACGCUAUUUUUGGUUCACUUUUUUUUCUUCUACUGAGUGUCUUUUACUGGUUUGUAUGUUUUGCUGCCAGUAGAGGGCUCUUCAUUCACCUGAAGUGUCAUUCAUAAUGUAUGCUGCCUGAAAAUAUUGAGUUUUGAACUGAAUAUCUAUUGCACCAUGUCUCCUUUGCAACCAUGCUCUGAUGAAACAAUGGUUAUAUUUCAACUGAUGCCUUGUUGGUGGCAAUAUUUUGCCACGUGACAGUCCCAGUCUCACUAACAUUACAUUAAAAGAAACAUUUUGGCACAUC